CUAUUUUUUGGUCACCCUCUCGAACGGAGACGCCAUGAACGCGGUAGCAACUGCUCUGUCUCUGCCUCUGCCUCUCUCGCUGUGUAGAUCAUCAAAGUUCGGCGUCAAGAAGGGUGUGAAAGGAGGGUUUAGGGUGUUUGCUGUGUUUGGGGAAGAAGGUGGCCUGGUAGAUAAAAAGAGCCCUUGGGGUCCUCUGUUCGAUGUGGAGGAUCCCAGAUCGAAAGCUCCUCUGUAUAAAGGGAAGUUUUUGGAUGUGAAUCAAGCUCUUGAAGUGGCAAGAUAUGAUAUUCAGUACUUGGAUUGGCGCGCCAGGCAAGAUCUGCUCACCAUCAUGCUUCUCCAUGAAAAGGUAGUUGAUGUGCUAAAUCCGCUAGCUCGUGAUUACAAAUCUAUCGGUACAGUGAAGAAAGAACUUGCUGAGCUGCAAGGAGAGCUAGCAAAAGCGCACCAACAGGUUCAUAUAUCCGAAGCAAGGGUUUCAACUGCAUUAGACAAGUUAGCUCACAUGGAAGCGUUGGUUAAUGAUAGGUUGCUACCAGAAAGAAUUGCAACAGAAUCAGAUCAUCCCACCACUUCAACAAGUACUUCUGUUCAAUCUUUGGAUAGGACAAAGAGCAAAACGCAUAUGAAAAGCCUGAAUGUCUCUGGUCCAGUUCAACCGUAUCAUCCACGCCUGAAGAACUUUUGGUACCCUGUUGCUUUUUCCUCUGACCUCAAGAAUGAUACCAUGAUUCCAAUUGAGUGCUUCGAGGAACCGUGGGUUAUCUUUCGGGGAGAGGAUGGGAAACCCGGAUGUGUACAGAACACGUGUGCUCAUAGGGCGUGUCCUCUUCAUCUCGGUUCAGUCAGUGAAGGCCGUAUCCAGUGUCCUUACCAUGGAUGGGAGUACUCAACUGAUGGAAAAUGCAAGAAGAUGCCCUCUACGCGUCUACUCAACGUAAAGAUAAAGGCUUUGCCUUGUUUUGAACAAGAGGGUAUGAUUUGGGUUUGGCCUGGCGAUGAUCCCCCUUCACCCACACUUCCUUCUUUGCAACCUCCAUCUGGAUUUGUUAUCCAUGCUGAGAUUGUGAUGGAGCUUCCGGUUGAACAUGGGUUGCUUCUGGAUAAUCUUUUGGAUCUGGCACAUGCCCCAUUCACUCACACCUCUACCUUUGCCAAGGGCUGGAGUGUUCCUAGCUUGGUGAAAUUCUUGACACCUGCCUCUGGUCUUCAAGGAUACUGGGAUCCAUAUCCGAUUGAUAUGGAAUUUAGACCGCCCUGUAUGGUUCUUUCCACAAUCGGGAUCUCGAAACCUGGGAAACUCGAGGGGAAGAGUACUCAGCAGUGUUCAACACAUCUUCACCAACUCCAUGUUUGUUUACCCGCUUCGAGGCAAAAGACGAGACUUUUGUACAGAAUGUCUCUAGAUUUCGCCCCGUUGUUGAAGAAUAUUCCUUUCAUGCAAUAUCUGUGGAGACAUUUUGCCGAACAGGUUUUAAAUGAAGAUCUCCGGCUUGUGAUCGGACAGCAAGAGCGGAUGCUAAAUGGUGCAAACAUAUGGAACUUGCCAGUUGCUUAUGACAAGCUCGGUGUUCGGUAUAGACUAUGGAGGAAUGCCGUAGACUGUGGCCAAGAUAAAUUACCCUUCUCCGAGUAACGAAUUUGAAGCCCUCAUUUUUUCUGUGACCAAGAUUUUAGCUUUUCUUGUCGAACUCAACCGUCCGAAACAACGGAUUGUUCCACGCGGAUUCUUUGCUGUUUGGUUCUUCACACUGCAGAGAGAAGGCUUGCUGAGUUAACAGAAUCUGCGGAUUCAAUCCGGAGAAAGAAGAAACAGAGGCUUGAGCCUGGAAUAUACUGUAAGUCUAUCCGCUGUAAAUCUAGAGAGCACACUAUUUUUCAUUAUCCUCCUGUGUACAGUGUAAAUUUUCUCGUCUAUCCCUUAUUAUUUUCUUGCAUUUUCUCGCCCCCCAAACACCCGCCUACGGGUGCAUCUUUUCUUUUCUUUACUGUAAGCCUUUCGUGGGUCAGGUUACGAUCCCUGUACUCUUUUUGGCAUCAAAAACAGUCAUGAAACAAGAAAACAA